GGAGGCGCAGCGCUGGUCAGCGAGUCUGGGGUGGAGUGAAGUUUGGGCAAGUACCGUUAAGAAAUGAGGCCGGAGCCGCGCGUUGUGGCCGAGUAGAACCACCCGGAGAGGGGCGAAAAGCUGCGCGCAGGCCGACGGAACCGCGUCCGGGUCGCAAACGCGCGUCCGCGAUGGGAGACGUGAGCGAGGAGGCGCUGCUGGAUUAUUUCUACUCCACGGGAGGCGCUCCGGGCAAAGUGAGGAACGCAGACAUGCUGAGGACGUUCAAGCCUUUUAUUGGCCACAGCGACCCACAGCUACGCGCUAAAUACCGAGAAGAAUUCAAGCUCAUUAUUGAUCAAAUUGCUGUGGUGAAGUCUGAGAAUGGGGAGAAGUACCUCGUCCUCAAGAAGAAAUACAGGCAACACAACGGGACGGACGUGGAUGCGAAAGUACAUCAGAAUCCGUCCAGAACCACGGCCACCGCCCAGUGGGACAUGCCGGAGGCCUCUCCACCUCAAGAGAAGCAACAGCAGGAGGAGCCCAUGUCCAGCGGAGAGCCCGGUAGUGCUGCAGAGUCUGAGUCGGAGCAGGACGAGGAGGGUACGGGCAGCGUGGACCCCCCCGCCGUCACUCUGGAUCCUAUAGAGAAGGACUGGAUCUAUUCUGCUGCUGGCGCUCGUGUCCCUGACCUCUCACAGCUGCUCAGGCAGGACCCCUUGCUGGCCAACAAGAAGGACUUUACCUCAUUUACCGCUCUGCACUGGGCCGCCAAGCACGGCAACAGGGACAUGGCAGCGCUGGUGGCCGACGCUGGGGCCGACGUCAACUCCAAGUCGGUGAGUGGCUACACACCGUUACACAUUGCAGCGUUGCAUGGCCAUCGGCACAUUGUAGACCUGCUCAUAGACACAUAUGGGGCUAAAGAGAAUUUAAGGGACUACAGUGGCCAUCUUGCUUAUUAUUACCUGAACAUUAAAGAGCCAGAGGUUCCAGAGGAGGACUGUGAUCUACAGUUUCAAGUGACCCAAGUCAGAGAACGGAAUAAGAACAGGAAGCUGGUGUCACUGUUCCACUCCAAGAAGAAAUGGGGCUCGGCGGAGGAGCUGGCGCCGAUAGAGGAGGAGAGGACGGCGUCACACCAACUGGCCCUGCCGCCGUUCAGACCCCGCAAAUUCUCCCGCUGACGACCAACGGGACUCGCUUCUGCUUUUAACAGAAGUAGUUCACACAAAAUCACAUUUAUUAUGACUCAUAAUAUGCACCUGUACAUGCCAAAGAACUAUAUUCCUACUGAAGGUGAAUAUUUAUUAUGGGUAAGAGUCCAGUACCGACAGCUGAGAUCACUGACGCAGGUGCUUGAACUGUGUGGUGCAGGUUUACAGUAUCUGUAUCAGUCAGCUGUAUUUAUGUGUAUUGUUUGAAUAACUACUUUAUAUUUGUCUGUCUUAAUAAAUGUUAAUGUUGCCUUAUAGCUUCAGAUGAGACCACGCCUUGCGUUUUGUAGAUGUGACAGACAGUUGUGAAAGGUUUUAGAUAGUUCUCUUUUUAUGUCACAGAGCACAUCGGCCUUGUUUAACAUUCGGAUCUGGAAAUUAAACUGUGACCAGUGAAAUGUUGUUUUUAAUUGAAAUUGAAAUUAGUGUUCAAGAUGUGUCAUGUCACAACCAAGCAAAUAAGGAAAGGUGACAAACAAAUACAAGAUUAUUAUACAGAGUAAAUAAAGUAAUUAUUUCACAUUUAAAUGACGCCACUUACUUUAUAUUUUGGAAUUUAUAAUAAAAGUUAUAUAAUAAAAGUAGAAGUGUUUGCACUAAAAUAAUACACUGAUUUCAUGGGGGAAAGGAAAUCAGCCUGAAAUUUGAUGAGACCAAGUGUUUUGACCAAACAGGAACAGUUAGAACUUUCACAUCUGAGACACAAACCAGAAGAGAUGAAAUAACAACAAAUUCUAGACCUUUUUCUUGCGUUGCUGUAUUAAUGUCAGCUUUUCCGCAGUCUCAUCAUGAAUCAUUCUGCGCUGCUGUGUGUUAUUUGCUACAUCAUUGUGACAUUAUGCCAUUAAACUCUAUUUUAUGCUUA